UACCUAAUGAAUGAAAAUGUUUUGAUUUGUAAAAUUUUUGUUUUCUUUUAAAUUUUGACUUGUUUUUCAUCGUUCUAAAGCAGAAUGCCGGAGUCUGGUGGAAAGAGCCUACGAGACGUGGACAAUGUUCGAGUGGCUGUUCGAUGUCGACCAUUGAACGAAAAAGAGAAAGAAAAUAGUUGUGUGAAUGUAGUAAAAGUGGAUUCUGUUCAAGGAACAUUCACAGUUGAAAAUCGGAAUGCUGCUCAAGGUGAACCACCUAAAACAUUUACGUUUGAUAUUGUGUUUGGACCUGACUGUAAACAAGUUGAUGUAUAUAAUGUUAUAGCUAGACCUGUUGUAGAUUGUGUUCUCGAAGGUUUUAAUGGAACGAUAUUUGCCUAUGGCCAGACGGGAACUGGUAAAACAUUCACCAUGGAAGGUGUUCGUACUAUACCAGAAUUACGGGGCAUUAUUCCGAAUUCUUUCGCUCAUAUAUUCGGAGCCAUAGCAAAAUGUGAAGGAGACAUAAAGUUUUUAGUACGAGUGUCAUAUCUAGAGAUAUACAAUGAAGAAGUACGAGAUUUACUGGGUAAAGAUCAGACACAAAGGCUAGAGGUUAAAGAAAGACCUGAUGUAGGAGUCUAUGUAAAAGAUUUAUCCAAGUUUGUAGUUUAUAACGCUGAUGAUAUGGAUAGAAUAAUGACCAUCGGAAACAAGAAUCGUCAUGUUGGAGCCACCAAUAUGAAUCAGACGAGUUCCCGAUCCCAUGCUAUAUUUACUGUAACUAUAGAAUGUAGUGAGAAAGGUAUAGAUGGAGAACAACAUUUCCGUGUUGGUAAACUACAUCUAGUAGAUUUAGCUGGAUCAGAGAGACAGGCUAAAACAGGAGCAUCUGGUAUGAGGUUGAAAGAAGCUACGAAGAUUAAUCUGUCUCUGUCAACUCUGGGCAAUGUUAUCUCAGCUCUGGUGGACGGGAAGAGCAGCCAUAUUCCCUACCGUAAUUCUAAACUAACACGUCUGCUUCAAGAUUCAUUGGGAGGAAAUUCUAAGACUGUUAUGAUAGCUAAUAUUGGCCCGGCUGAUUAUAACUAUGAUGAAUCUAUUAGUACCCUACGUUACGCUAACAGAGCUAAAAGUAUCAAGAAUAAAGCUAAGAUAAACGAGGACCCUAAAGAUGCUCUGUUACGUCUUUAUCAGAAGGAGAUUGAAGAUUUAAAGAAACAGCUAGAAGAUGGUGUGUCUGGAAGCGAGGAUGAAGAUGAUGAUGAUGAAAGUGAAGAAGAAGUUAUUGGAGCAGACGGGGUUGUCCGAAAGAAAAAACGCCGACGUAAUACAAGUGGCCAUAAGAAAAUCUCUAAAGAAAAAAUGGCUGAAAUACAAGCGAAGAUUGAGGCAGACAGACGGUUGCUAGCGGAAACUAAAGAUAUGGCUGAUGAAGAAAGAAAUCGUAUCAAAUUCGAUUUAGAAGAAAAAGAAGAGGAACUCAAACAAUAUCAGGAGGAACAGAAUCAGCUAGAACAGCAGCUAGCCACUAUUGAGAAACGUAUUAUAGUGGGCGGAGUCAAUCUGCUGGAGAAGGCGGAGGAACAGGAAAGGUUAUUGGAGGAAUCAGCCAAGGAACUUGAUGAACAACGUGCUAAAGAGGAAGAAUUACGGAAAGCUUUGCAGGACAAAGAGCAAGAGAGACUGGAUAUUGAAGAACAAUAUUCCAAUCUACAGGAAGAAAUUACUGGAAAAACUAAAAAGCUAAAGAAAGUCUGGACAAUGUUGAUGCAAGCCAAAUCAGAGAUAGCUGACCUCCAACAAGAACAUCAGAGAGAAAUGGAAGGGUUGUUAGAAAAUGUCCGACAGUUGAGUCGAGAAUUAAAAUUACAGAUGUUGAUCAUCGAUUCUUUUAUACCACGUGAAUAUCAGGAAAUGAUAGAGCAGCAUGUCAACUGGAAUGAAGAAAUCGGUGAAUGGCAAUUACGAUGUGUAGCUUACACUGGUAAUAACAUGAGAAAACAGACCCCACAACCAGAGAAAACUAGACAAAAGGGAGCAGAUGCUGUUGAUUUAUCCACAGUGUAUUUAGCCUAUACAGCUGAAGGGGCUGCAGAAUCCAAAAAAUCUAAAAAUAACAAAUCUAAAUCAGGUCGGCCUAGAACAGCCCAGAGACCCAAAACCUCCAAAAAGUGA